ACUAAAUAGAGCAGGACCCUGUUUGUCCCUUCAAAGACUCAUGAUGAGGAUCGAGGUCGUGCUUCAGCUGGGCUUCUGCAGUCUGUGUCUUCUCUUGGGAUUCUUUGGAGGAGGAACGUGCGUAGCCACGGAGAUUCCUGACCCACCACCUAUUAACUGUGUCUGGAGCCGCUGGUCAGAGUGGACGACUUGUGAUCCCUGCACAAAGACCAGAAGGCGUUCUCGGGACAUAGAGGUGUUUGGCCAGUUUCAGGGGGACGCCUGCCAGGGAUCAAUAGGUGAAAGGACGGCUUGCACAACAUCCGAGGCGUGCGUGAAGCCGACUCCUGUCCCUUGCUCGGACUCCGAGUUCCAGUGUGAAUCAAGCAAAUGUAUCAAGAAAAGGUUAAUGUGCAACGGGGACUAUGACUGUGAGGAUGGAUCAGAUGAGGACUGCGACCCUGUGAGGAAACCUUGUGGUCAAGCAGAUCUCAACAACAAUGAACAAGGCAGGACAGCAGGAUACGGGAUCAACAUUUUGGGGGCUGAUCCUCGAAUGAACCCCUUCAACAACGACUACUUCAAUGGGAGGUGUGACCGUGUCAGGAACCCCAACAAUGGGAAUUUCGACAGGCUUCCUUGGAACGUUGGUGUCCUCAAUUAUGAGACUCUGGUGGAGGAGACCGUCUCCAGAGAAAUCUACGAGAACACUCACACCCUCCUGAAGACAAUGAUACAGGAUAAGACCUUUAAACUCGAUGCGGGGUUAAACUUAAAACUUAGCCCAUCUGAGCCGUCUAUGUCUAAUCUGUCUGGAACAGUUGGAGCAGAAUUUGGGUUUUCAAGGCAAAAAAUGCUGAAGGAAGUUUCAGAAUACACCACCAUUAAGAACAAGAGCUUUAUGAGAGUAAAAGGCAGAGUGCAGAUGAGCACCUACAGGAUGCGCUCCCGUGAGCUUCAACUCGCAGAUGAAUUCCUGGAUCAUCUCCAGUCUUUGCCAGUUCAGUAUGAAAAGGGUAUUUACUUCUCCUUCCUGGAGGAUUAUGGAACCCACUACACAAAAAAUGGAAAGUCGGGUGGUGAAUACGACUUGGUCUAUGUUCUAAACCAGGACACCAUCAAGACAAAACAAAUCACAGAGCGAAAACUUCAACAGUGCAUCAAAGCAGGCAUUACAGCAGACUUUGGGGUCCCAGGAGUCGAUGUUUCGGGUCACGUAAAACCUGAGGGAUGCGACAACCCCUCAGACAUAACAAAAGCUGAAACUGAUGGAAAAGCAGUGGUGGAUAAAGUCGUGACGUCCGUGAAAGGAGGAACUCUGGAAAGCGCUGUUACCAUGAGGGCCAAGCUGAACAAAGAGGGGAUAAUGGACAUUGAAACGUAUCGGUUUUGGGCACGGUCAAUCACAGAUGCCCCAGCUCUGCUGAACAGUGAGCCAGAGCCCAUCUACAUGCUGGUUCCACUGGCUGUGCCAGAUGCAAACGCCAGGAUCCAAAACCUGAAGCAGGCCACACAAGACUACGUGGCUGAAUACAACGUGUGCAAAUGCAAGCCCUGCCAAAAUGGAGGCACUCUUGCUCUGCUGGACGGAAGGUGCAUUUGCAUGUGCCCCGACGUCUUUGAGGGCUUGGCCUGCCAGAACUUUAAACCCGACAAAAAUAAAGGCCCAGCAACAAGACCUACUGUGAAUCAGCUGGGCAACUGGUCGUGCUGGUCAUCCUGGUCCAGCUGCAGCGGAGGCAAACGCAGCAGAACUCGGCAAUGCAAAACAGACGGAGUCUCUGGAGCUUCAUGUACAGGAGACACCAAUAGUGAUGAACACUGCUAAGCAAACUAUGAAAUAUGUCCUUGGACAUUUUCGUCAUACAGUGAAGUACAUGACAUUAUUUUUGUAGUGGUAAAGAGCAAAAACACAUAAAUGAAGGAAAAGCAAAACAUAUUGUUUUUGAAACUCAAGAAUAUAAAUUUACUCCAAUUAAGAAGUCGUCUGAUAUGUAUUAAGUAAAAGCUUAAGCAGUAGCAUGACAGUAAUGAGGGUUUCCAUCACUUUUAAUUUGGUUCACAUUCUUGGGUUGAAUAAAGCUUCAGUUUUGAUUUGAAUCUCAUUUUUUAUGGCACGGAUACAUUCCAGAUUUUUGUGCAGCGCUAAUGAGAACCAGAUGAAUGCAGAAAGAGAGAAAAGCAGCACAUGGGUCAUGCAGAGAUUUAGGUGGUGUUCUGAAACCCAAAAGGAGAAUCCUAAAGUAUGUGUCUUUUUACCUUUGAGCAGAAUAUUAAAAAAGUUUUUCGCCAUGACUUUGAACAAAAAUAUUAACUUGAAACCUUCUUUUUUUAUUGCUGGUUGUUCAUCUCAUUAUAAUAAACAAUAUAAAACUGAAUUAAAUUGACCACAUUUACUUUUAUAGUUUCAAGAAAAUUCUCCCACUUGCUGAAGAGACACUGAUGCAAGAAAUCAUUACUGAACUGAAUAUUUGUUCAGAGAACAACAUUCACCCCUUUUGUUUAUUUAUGUGUUUGCUUUGAAACUCGACAGGCUUUACAGUAAAUGACAGUGGAGGCUUUCAGUGAAAGACUUAGUCACAUACACCUGUAUGCUAAGUUGACCUGUGUGGGUGCUGCUGUUUUUUGGGUUGGUCCUUGGAGGGUCGUAGAGAGAAGAAGCUACACCUUAAGGGAAACACAGGAGUGUCUUGCAGCUCUCUUCAAGCUUGUACGGCCAUCUUAAGGGAGGUCAUGAAAAUGGAUCGUACGAUUGUCGCAUGUUUGGUAAGGGUAUCCUGAAGUAUUUGCAAGGAUAAUGUAAGUUGCACGCACCUAUGAGGAAUGCUGCCCCUUACCUCUUGUCACUAGUAAGAUGCAAGUACUACACCUUACUAAUCACGUACACAGGGUGUGCCCGUGAUACAUAAGUUCCCAUAGGAUGCACUCAUAAAACUUCACUCCAAUUGUCUAAUUUCUUAAUUUUUACUAUCAGAAUUUGAGCAAGAGCCUGCAAGUCGUUGUCAUUCACCUUUCAGCACAUCGCAUUCGCCAUUGCGAACCAGCUUUUACUAAUUUGCACAUGUGGUUUGGCAAAGAGUUUUACACCACAUACCCUUCCUUUGGAAACAAAUCGUUGUUUCCCGUGCACCAAUUCUACACCCAACCAACCGAGCCAUCCAGCUGCCAGUAGUAUUACAUGAAUAUCACUAUAUGGUUCCUUUCGCACAGCACUCAGAGUUCAAAGGAGUUGGAGAAUAGAAAAAUCUGUUUGACACCAUAGUAUCUUACCUACUUCACCCUUACUUACCCUUGCAUGUUGUAUAAGUGUUUGCUACAACCUGUCACUUGGCCGCAUACCCGUAGAAAAAUAUCUGCGGGAAAAUUUUCACUUUAUAGGUUCACUAAGUGGUCUACAAUCUGAAUAUGCUGUGCAAGCCACCUGCAUGGCCCUUACAGGUUUGUUCAUUAUCCACCCGUCAGGGCAGUUUUUACCAUAAUGCUUAACUAUAAUAUGGCUUGCUCCACAUUAGUCAAAUUACCUUAAUAAAUAAAUUGUGAGAGUCAGAGCUUUAUCUCCUUGUCUGGUCUCCGGUAGAAGUUAUCCCUGGACUAUUGACUCAAUACAUGUCCUGGCCUACUCAGCGCUCAGUCCCCAGAUGCUCCUCACCUGGAUCCCAUUGACAAUUAUCGACCUGAGUCUUAAGCAGCCCUCUCUCAGCGCGAAGUAUUGUUUGUGUCAUAUUGUCUCCAUUGCUGAGCAUAAUUAUUCUGACCUGACAUUCUGUUUUCCUGACCCUGUUUCUAUUUCGGCUCUGUUUGUCUGCUGCCUGCCCCGACCCACGCCUGAACUACACUCUCCAAAUUUGGAUUCCUGAAACUUCUAUGCUUGUUAUUAACCUCUGCCUGACUGACCAUGCCUUAGCUUCAUGGACUUAUAGUAGUGUCUGACUCCUGCUUUGUCAACACAUCUAUCCAAUAAACUUGCUCCACUUGAA